AUGUUUACUGGUCCGAUACAAGUCAUCUUGGUCUUGUGGUUUGUAGCACCAUGUGAGAGUGACGUUUGCAGCCAAAAAAUCUGUCAAUGUACCAAGUUCGGUAGGACUCGGCUAAUAGUAAAAUGUCGAGUUCAUGGAUACAUAUCAACCAGAAUCCCAAACAAUACAGUAGAACUGUAAGUGAUUAAGAAACUUCGCCAUCCUUUGUCCUGCAGGGUUUGUUUUGGUCUUCUUUAUGUUCAUAUUCGUCAGGAAACUAAUACUUUAUAGACACCUCUUGGAAGAAUGUGGUUUUGAUGUUGCAAGCUUGCUAGGGAGUCUUGGUUAGUGCCAAGAAAGCACAAGAGGCAGAGAUGAUUUCCGAACAAACGAUCAAGAAAGGAAAAAGGAAAAAACACAUGAUUUGAAAUUAAUCAUAAGAAAAGUCAUACAGACUGCGAAAAACACAACGAUUCGUGGAAUAAAAUAGUUUCGUGUGCAUUUAAACUAAAAUACUCUUAAUUUAGAUAAUCGCUUAUUUAUUUUUCGAACCUUACCUCCUCUAAAAUUCAAAUUUAUGUCCAUUACCAUUUUCUAACAGUUCAAUUUUUACCCAGAUAUCUUUCAAGGUGUUCGUUGGGCUCAAUUACAGAAGACAUCUUUAGGAACCUGGCUGUUUUAAAGAAAUUGUAGGUCCUAAAUGAAAUUGAAUUUUAAAAAAAUAACCUUUAAUUCUUAAGAAAUGUAAAAAAAUGUAAUAUCCGUUCAUGAGAAAUUCGUAUUGAAUCGAAAAGAUUUGUCUUAUAGCAAAGAACGUUUUUUUUUCAAAGUUAAAAGAAAGACAAAAGCAGUUUUUUAAAGACAUGCAUAUAAUGAAAGUAAGUUCGUGUCUGUACGUGAGGAUAGUUUGGUGGCGGAGCAGAAAAUUCGCACAGUCCUGCCAAACCUCAUUAAACUAAAGGAAGCAGUGGUCAACAUACUGCAUGUAUCUGGCAUAUUCAGAAAAAAAAUAUCAAGAUUGUGAAAAGUUUGAAAAUGGUCUUGAGAUAUCCCCGGGCCACCUACGAACGCGAAGAAAUAAAUAAGUUGACCAUCUGAUUACAAGUUAUAUCUGAGUACUCAUUAAUGGUUCAAUAGUUGACUUACUUUCUAUGAGCUGGUAGAUUUCGACCGUAUUUAGUGAUCAUUAGGAUACUAAUAUCGUCCUUCUAACGAUGAGUAAAACAGGAAAGGGCAAGUAAUCUUAUGUAAAGGGAACAUUUUUCUUUUGGAAAAUUUCAUGUUUAUUUUUUCGAGAAUCAAUUGAUUUUUUUUGUGAUGAAUUAUCUCUCUUUUCCUAGGGACUUAUCAAAUAAUUCCCUGCGAUACAUUCCUCAAAACACUUUCCGCAAUAUGAAGAAACUGGAAAUAAUGUAA